AUGGAAGAUUCCAAAACACAACCUCCAUUACGAAACCACAAUGGGAUCUCUGGAUCUAUUGUCGCAGGAUUAUGUCUUAAUAAGCAUGGCUACUCCAUAGUAAAACCUCCUACCAAUCGCCACACCAUUCGAAUAGCAAAUCUCCCACCGUUCAACCUCUCGCAUAAAUCCUCAAUAGAAUCUGACAACACAAGACACAGCCCCUCCGAUAUCACUUCAAAAUUACUCUUUACUCGUAACAUGAGCACUAAAAUUCAACAACAUCAAUCCAGUCAACUAGAUUCUGACAUUAAUACAGAGCGAAUCGCUACACUAGAUUCAAAAUUCCCUAGUCACAAACUAUUGGAUGCCUGCCAGAAUGUUUCCUUUCUCUCUAUCCUUAUACAAAGCACUCUCCAUAAAUGCCUUGACUUUUGCGUGAGCGAUAAAUUACAAUCACUAAUGGCAGAUUCUUUGCAGCAUUCAAGGUCAUUUACAGACAAAUUAACCAUGGUGCUUCAUCAAAUCGAUUACCAAAUGGUCCGCCAGGCACCAAAACCGGCCUUAGAAUUUGAUCUCAUUAAAGCAGCCAGAGCCUGUAUUAAUUCUCUCCGGGAACUCUGCACACAAAUCAAAGACUGUUUGGGGCUGCUUGUCAAUAUACUAGAUCCAAAAAACGCUAGGUACCUGGUGAUGAAUCUUCACUGUGCUGCUGUAGACCUUAAAGAAGCCUGGGAGAUUAUCACAGCUCAGACUCCUCCUGUUCAUAUCCUUUCUAUCCACCCAACUCUUUCAGCACCGACCGGCCUUCGUAAAAACACAAAACAUGUUCCUUAUUUACCUCGUGCUCGAUCUGCAAGUGAACAUCAACCAGGCACACAUUAUAUAGCAUAUCUCACAACCUCUUCAACUAAAGACAGUACCCGGCUGUUCGGUCAUCUCAGACUAGCUGUUACCGGAUCACUUCAUGUUAUUGAUUUAUUGAAUAUAUCUAUUAAAGCAGUUACCGGAACCGAAAGCCUGAAUCAAAAACUUUAUGCAUUAAGUCAACAAGCCCAGCAAGCAAUUUAUAUGGCGCUGUGUUUGGCUGAGAGUUUAGAUAACGUGAUGUUGAAAGAAAGCGACAGUUACAGAAACAACAAUUAUGAUAGCAAUAGUUUAGAUGUAAUUCCUGUUGCGUUCUCUUCCAAAGAAGUACCCACGCUUGUGUCUCCCAAAGACAUGUUAGUACAAAAGGAUACCAGUCGGAAACUGUGGGAAGACACAACUGCGUAUCUCAAGUCUAUUCUAUUAGUGAUGAGCUCUAUACGAUCCAUUUCAACGGAAGAGGAUUUUUCAUGGCCAAAGCCAAUAAAACAAGGAUGUUUGCAUGUCACAAGAGUAACAGCAGAAGUAGCCAAGCUAUGGAACAGCUAUAGUGUAUUUGCAGAACAUGGUUAUUAUCUUGGAAAGGGAGAUGGAGUUAACAGAAAAUAG